UCCGCUGAGGCCGCCGCCGCCGCCUGGUCCGCUGCGGGUGGGUGUGAGGAGGAGCUACCGGGGCCCCUCUGGAGUCCGCCUCCGUCGCCUUUCCUUAUUUCUUUUUGCCGAGGUGUCUUCCUUCGUUCUUCGCACCCUGACUGCCGUGGUGUCGAGGGGGAGUCCCGGGGGACACCUCGGCCACGCACUGGACAUGCCUCUCUUUGCCACCAACCCCUUCGACCAGGAUGUUGAGAAAGCAACCAGUGAGAUGAAUACUGCUGAAGAUUGGGGCCUCAUCUUGGAUAUUUGUGAUAAGGUUGGCCAAUCUCGCACUGGACCUAAAGACUGUCUUCGCUCUAUUAUGAGAAGGGUGAACCAUAAAGACCCCCAUGUUGCUAUGCAAGCUUUGACUCUUCUAGGGGCAUGUGUAUCAAACUGUGGCAAAAUUUUUCAUUUAGAAGUAUGUUCAAGAGAUUUUGCUAGUGAAGUAAGCAACGUAUUGAAUAAGGGUCAUCCUAAAGUAUGUGAAAAGCUAAAAGCUCUUAUGGUUGAAUGGACAGAUGAAUUUAAAAAUGAUCCACAACUCAGUCUGAUAUCAGCAAUGAUUAAAAACCUUAAAGAACAAGGGGUUACAUUCCCAGCAAUUGGCUCUCAGGCUGCAGAGCAAGCAAAAGCAAGCCCAGCCCUAGUCGCCAAGGACCCUGGUACUGUGGCUAACAAAAAAGAAGAAGAAGACUUAGCAAAAGCCAUUGAGUUGUCCCUCAAGGAGCAACGGCAGCAGUCAGCCACCCUUUCCACUUUGUACCCAAGCACCUUGAAUCUUUUAACUAACCACCAACAUGAAGGCCGAAAAGUUCGUGCUAUAUAUGACUUUGAAGCUGCUGAAGAUAAUGAACUUACUUUUAAAGCUGGAGAAAUUAUUACAGUUCUUGAUGACAGUGAUCCCAACUGGUGGAAAGGUGAAACCCAUCAAGGCAUAGGGCUAUUUCCUUCUAAUUUUGUAACUGCAGACCUCACUGCUGAACCUGAAAUGAUUAAAACAGAGAAGAAGACGGUACAGUUUAGUGAUGAAGUUCAGGUAGAAACAAUAGAACCAGAACCUGAGCCAGCCUUUAUUGAUGAAGAUAAAAUGGAUCAGUUGCUACAGAUGUUGCAGAGUACAGACCCCAGCGAUAAUCAGCCAGACCUACCAGAACUCCUGCACCUGGAAGCAAUGUGUCAUCAGAUGGGACCUCUCAUUGAUGAAAAGCUGGAAGAUAUUGAUAGAAAACAUUCAGAACUCUCAGAACUUAAUGUUAAAGUGAUGGAGGCACUUUCAUUGUAUACAAAGUUAAUGAAUGAAGAUCCAAUGUAUUCCAUGUAUGCAAAAUUACAGAAUCAGCAGUAUUACAUGCAGUCACCUGGUGUUUCUGGUUCUCAGGUAUAUCCAGGACCUCCUCAAAGUGGUGCUUACCUCGUUGCAGGGAGUGCCCAGAUGAGCCAUCUCCAGGGCUACAGUCUUCCCCCCGAGCAGUUGUCUUCUCUCACCCAAGGAGCAGUUCCACCUUCUGCAAGCCCAGCCCUUCCUAGUCAGCAGACCCAAGCUUCUUACCCAAAUGCAAUGGUUAGCUCUGUUCAAGGAGGUGCAUAUCCCAAUCAGGCAUCAAUAUAUAGUCCUCCUCCUGCUGCUGUUGCUGUUGCUGCUACACCCGCUGAUGUCACUAUAUACCAGAAUGCAGGAACUAACAUGUCCCAGGUGCCAAACUACACUUUAACAACAUCAGCCCUGCCUCAGCCUGGAGGCAGCCAACAGCCACCUCAGCCACAGCAGCCAUACCCUCAGAAGGCUCUGCUAUAGGCCUUGCUGCUCCCCUCCGUGGUGGGUGUCUGUCUGCUGAACGAGAUUUGUGGAUAGCUUAAGAUUUGCUCAUCCUUACCUGAGAGGAAUCUCGUGGUCAACAGGUUCGAAUAUCCAAGAAAAUAGAACUUCCUUCAAUUUGUUCUGACUCUUUAGAAGUUCUCCCCCUUCCCCCAGAGGAAUGAAACUACUUAGAACAUUUCAUUCCUGUCAUGUAUGGAGAAUGGAUACAAGAUUAUGGUCUUGUAAAACUACCUGUUCUGCAAGAAGUCAGUCCUGCAAAAACUGUUGUGGCAAAUGUUCUGUACAUAUAUUGUUAUGUAACUUCAUUAGUGGCCCAUUUGAAUCACAGUGGUGAUCAUGUGAAUAUAUUUAACACACUGUUAAGUUAAUUUACAUUGCUAUUUUAUUUUAAUCAUGAACAACUACCAUGUUUCCUAAUGUUUUGUGUAAAUUUAAGAUAAAUACACUAUCCUUUUAAGCUGCAAGAGAACAAAGUUGUAGCGUAUUCACUGGGAGGCAUUGUCCUUGCUGCAGUGUCAAAUUAAACUGAAUCCUGUGAGCUAGUUCUCCGCAUUACGUCUCUGUAGCAUCUGCUUACUACCGAUUGUCAUCACAGCAUACAGUGUCUAAUAUUUUGGUGCAUUCAUAGCAAAUAAUAAUGUUCCCUUUUAAACUUUUAUAUUUAGGCAUGAUAUUCCAGAUAUUGUGGGACCAUGAAACAAACCGAAGUAGGCUCACAGUCUUUAUAUCUUGUUUUUAAAGAAACAAUGUUGAUUUACUUUUUCUUAGCUGAACAUGGUAAUUAGGAUUUAAAGCUGUGUGCUGUGUUUAUUGAGGCAGUGACACAAAAGAUGGAGGCAGUGCAUAGGAAAUUUUAAACUGGAAAGAAAACAUGAGUUAUACUACAUUUUCAAAGUCUCUUAAAAGUGUUUAUGAUAUAAAGAAAAUUUGAUUCAUCUGUCUUAUUCCACUAAUUUUCUAAAUAUGUCUUUAAUACAUUGUGUCCUUUAAUUUUUCAUUAAAAUGGAUAUAAGUAGGUGUUUCAAAGUUA